ACGCGCCGCCGCCGUCCCUCCGUGCCCGAGUGCACGGGCCGAGGCGCAGCGCGCAUGAGAGCCUUGGCCCGGACCCUGGAGCCCGCGCAGUUGGAGCUCCCUUCCAGCCCUUGAGGCUCCGCAGGGCAGGAGAGGUCAUCGCCUCUGGCUCCUGUGGGCCAUAGCUUUCGCUAAUGGCCUGUGGUUUCUCCUCAGGUCGCCAUGGAUCUUGAAGAGGACCGCAGUGGAGAAGCAGGGAAGAACUUCUUGAAGAUGGGCAAAAAAAGUAAAAAGGAGAAGGAGAAGAAACCAACUGUCAGUACGUUUGCAAUGUUUCGCUAUGCAGGUUUGCUUGACAAGCUGUACAUGGUGUUGGGAACUUUGGGAGCCAUUAUCCAUGGAGCUGCACUCCCACUCAUGAUGCUUGUGUUCGGAGAAAUGACAGAUAGCUUUGCAGAUGCAGGAAGUAAUUUUCCACCAAACAUUACUAAUCAAAGUAAAGAAAACAAAACUUUAGUUCUCCUGACAUCUUCAAUUGAAGAUAAAAUAAAAGUGUAUGCCUAUUAUUACACUGGAAUUGGUGCUGGGGUGCUUGUUGCUGCUUACAUUCAGGUUUCAUUUUGGUGUCUGGCAGCUGGAAGACAAAUAAGCAAAAUCAGGAAAGAGUUUUUUCAUGCUAUCAUGAAGCAGGAGAUAGGCUGGUUUGAUGUGCAUGAUGUUGGGGAACUUAACACGCGGCUCACAGAUGAUGUCUCCAAAAUUAAUGAAGGAAUUGGUGACAAAAUUGGAAUGUUCUUUCAGGCAAUGGCAACAUUUUUCACAGGUUUCAUAGUGGGAUUUACACGUGGCUGGAAGCUAACCCUUGUGAUUUUGGCUGUCAGCCCUGUUCUUGGACUGUCAGCCGGUAUCUGGGCAAAGAUAUUAUCUUCAUUUACUGAUAAAGAACUGUUGGCAUAUGCAAAAGCUGGAGCAGUAGCUGAAGAAGUGUUAGCAGCCAUUAGGACUGUGAUUGCAUUUGGAGGACAAAAGAAAGAACUUGAAAGGUACAAUAAAAAUUUAGAAGAAGCUAAAAGCAUGGGAAUAAAGAAAGCAAUCACAGCCAACAUUGCAAUGGGUGCUGCUUUCCUGCUGAUCUAUGCGUCAUAUGCCCUGGCAUUCUGGUAUGGGACUACCUUGGUCCUCUCAAAUGAAUAUUCUAUUGGAAAAGUGAUCACUGUCUUCUUUUCUGUAUUAAUUGGGGCUUUUAGUGCUGGACAAGCAUCUCCAAACAUUGAAGCAUUUGCAAACGCAAGAGGGGCAGCUUAUGAAAUCUUCAAGAUAAUUGACAAUAAGCCAAGCAUUGACAGCUUUUCAAUGAGUGGACACAAACCAGAUAACAUUAAGGGAAAUUUGGAAUUUAGAAAUAUUCACUUCAGUUACCCAUCUCGUAAAGAAGUUAAGAUCUUGAAAGGGCUCAACCUGAAGGUGCAGAGCGGGCAGACUGUGGCUCUGGUUGGGAACAGUGGCUGUGGGAAGAGCACGACAGUGCAGCUGAUGCAGAGGCUCUAUGACCCCACAGAGGGCGUGGUCAGUAUUGAUGGGCAAGACAUUAGGACCAUAAAUGUAAGGUAUCUGCGGGAAAUUAUCGGUGUAGUGAGUCAGGAACCUGUGCUGUUUGCAACCACAAUAGCUGAAAACAUUCGCUAUGGUCGUGAAGAUGUCACCAUGGAUGAGAUUGAGAGAGCUGUCAAGGAAGCCAAUGCCUAUGACUUUAUCAUGAAACUGCCUCAUAAAUUUGACACCCUGGUUGGUGAGAGGGGGGCCCAGCUGAGCGGUGGACAGAAACAGAGAAUUGCCAUCGCACGGGCCCUGGUUCGCAACCCCAAGAUCCUCCUGCUGGAUGAGGCCACGUCAGCCUUGGACACGGAAAGUGAAGCAGUGGUUCAGGCAGCUCUGGAUAAGGCCAGAGAAGGGCGGACCACUAUCGUGAUCGCUCAUCGCUUGUCUACAGUUCGUGGUGCUGAUGUCAUUGCUGGUUUUGAUGAUGGAGUCAUCGUGGAGAAAGGAAAUCAUGAUGAACUCAUGAAGCAGAGAGGCAUUUACUUCAAACUUGUCACAAUGCAGACAAGAGGGAAUGAAAUUGAAUCAGGAAGUGAAGUUUGUGAAUCUAGAAGUGAACUUGAUGACUUGGAAAUGCCUUUAAAAGAUUCAGGAUCCAGUCUAAGAAGAAGAUCAACCCGCAAGAGUAUGCGAGGACCACAAAGCCAAGAAAGAAAGCUUAGUAUAAAAGAGGCACUGGAUGAAAAUGUACCUUCAGUUUCUUUCUGGAGGAUUCUAAAGCUGAAUUUAACCGAAUGGCCUUAUUUAGUGGUUGGUGUUAUUUGUGCCAUUGUAAACGGAGGCCUGCAACCAGCAUUUGCAGUUAUAUUUUCAAAGAUUAUAGGGGUUUUCGCAACUAAUGAUGAUCCUGAAACAAAACGACAGAAGAGUAACCUAUACUCACUACUGUUUUUGGUUAUUGGAAUUGUUUCUUUUAUUACAUAUUUCCUUCAGGGCUUCACAUUUGGCAAAGCUGGAGAGAUCCUCACCAAACGGCUGCGGUACAGGGUUUUCAGAUCCAUGCUGAGACAGGAUGUGAGCUGGUUCGAUGACCCUAAAAACGCCACUGGAGCAUUGACUACCAGGCUCGCCAAUGAUGCUGCACAAGUGAAAGGGGCUAUGGGUUCCAGACUUUCUGUAAUUUCCCAAAGUGCUGCCAAUCUUGGGACAGGAAUUAUCAUAGCCUUAGUUUAUGGCUGGCAAUUAGCACUUUUACUCUUAGCAAUUGUACCCUUCAUUGCAAUAGGAGGAGUUAUUCAAAUGAAAAUGUUGUCUGGACAAGCCCUGAAAGAUAACCAGGAGCUAGAAGGUUCUGGGAAGAUUGCUACUGAAGCAAUAGAAAACUUCCGAACUGUGGUUUCUUUGACGCGGGAGCAGAAGUUUGAACACAUGUAUGCACAGAGUUUGCAGAUACCAUACAGAAAUUCCUUGAGGAAAGCACAAGUCUUUGGAAUAGCAUUUUCCUUCACCCAGGCAAUGAUGUUCUUUUCCUCUGCUGCUUGUUUCCGGCUUGGUGCCUUCUUGGUGGCUCGUGAGUUGAUGGAUUUUGAAAGUGUUCUGUUGGUAUUUUCAGCUAUUGUUUUUGGUGCCAUGGCAGUUGGGCAGGCCAGUUCAUUUGCUCCUGACUAUGCCAAAGCCAAAGUGUCAGCAUCCCAUGUCAUCAGCCUCAUUGAAAAAAUCCCUGAGAUUGACAGCUACAGCACAGAAGGACUGACACCGAAUAUGUUGGAAGGAAAUGUGACAUUUAGUGGAGUCAUGUUCAACUAUCCCACCCGACCAGACAUCCCAGUGCUUCAGGGACUGAGUCUCCAGGUGAAGAAGGGCCAGACACUGGCCCUGGUGGGCAGCAGUGGCUGUGGGAAGAGCACGGUGGUCCAGCUCCUUGAGCGAUUCUAUGACCCAUUGGCAGGAACAGUGCAUGUAGAUAGCAAAGAAAUAAAGGAACUGAAUGUCCAGUGGCUCCGAGCACAGCUGGGCAUUGUGUCCCAGGAGCCCAUCCUGUUUGACUGCAGCAUUGGUGAGAAUAUCGCCUAUGGAGACAACAGCAGGGUUGUGUCUCAGGAUGAGAUCGUGAGGGCGGCCAGGGAGGCCAACAUACAUAACUUCAUUGAGUCACUGCCUGACAAAUACAACACCAGAGUAGGAGACAAAGGAACUCAGCUCUCUGGUGGCCAGAAACAACGCAUUGCCAUAGCUCGUGCUCUCGUUAGGCAGCCUCAUAUUUUGCUUUUGGAUGAAGCUACCUCAGCCCUGGAUACAGAAAGUGAAAAGGUUGUCCAGGAAGCUCUGGACAAAGCCAGAGAAGGCCGCACCUGCAUCGUGAUUGCUCACCGCCUGUCCACCAUCCAGAACGCUGACCUAAUCGUGGUGAUUCAGAAUGGCAAAGUCAAGGAGCAUGGCACCCACCAACAGCUGCUGGCACAGAAAGGCAUCUAUUUUUCCAUGAUCAGUAUUCAGGCGGGAGCAAAGCGCUAG